AUGGUCAUGUGCUGGUCUCACAUGCGGAAACGAGUACAAAAGAAGUUACAUUUAACGGAAGAUAAAAAUUUGCACAAUGAAAUUAUGGAUGAUAUUGAUACCGUACAACUCUCAAACAGUCAAAAAACAUUUGAAGUUGCUACAAAACUAUUCCUGAAAAAAUGGAAGAGUGAAGAAAAAGUUCUUCAAUAUUUUUCAAGUGAAUGGCUCGAAUCAAAAAAUGGUUGGUAUGAAGGUCUACAGAUGUAUGUGUCAAGUACCAAUAACGCUCUAGAAGCCACCAAUCGUGUUAUAAAAGAUGAAGAUACAAUAAGAGGACGAUUAGUUUUAUCAAGAUUCACAGUUGUUGUAUUUUCAAUCGUCAUGAAGUGGUCAAAAGAACGUAAUCCUAUUCGUGUCAAUUCAAAAAAAUUCGAACAUCAACCUUCAAUUACAUUAUCACACUGGACUGAUGGAUAUAAUUGA